AUGGAUAGAUUUCCUUCCUCUCCGUUCAAUCAGGCAAUCAGACACACACUCAUCGACCCAGGACGUACCAACAAGGUCCGUGCCCUCGAGGCCCAGCUGGCCCAGUACGUCGACGACGACGACACCGAUGCCCGCAGCCCUGAAGACAUGAUCAGGCCCGGAGGAAUGGUCCGCCUGGGUGCCGAGGACGAGACCCCGCGUUACCUGGGUCCCAGCAGCGGCAUCGCCAUGACAAGGCUGCUCAUGGAGGAGGCCAAGCGCUUUAGCCAGUCCAACCGCGUGGCCGAUCUCAUCCCCGAUCUCGAAACCCGUAGGCGGAACCGCAUGCAGUCGAUCCAGAUGACGGCCGCCAACAACUAUCCGACCAUGAGCGGGGAGCCCGCAGAGGAGCUCCCUAGAAGAGAUACGGCUACCAAGCUGGUGGAGAUCUACAAACACAAGGGUGAGGACACGUCUCAGGUUCUAUGGCCCAUUCUGCAUGAGCCAAGCCUCGAAAAGGACGUCGACGACGUCUACAAAGGCGACAAGGACGUAUACAAGAGAUUCGUCACGAACAUGGUAUUUGCCAUUGCACUCCAACGCAUGUCGAUCCGGUACGCCGGUUUGGCUGACGCCUUCUACCUGGCCGCGAUGAAGAACUUUGAAGCCGUGCUCCGUCCCAAGGAUCUGAAGACGCUGCAGUGCCUCGCACUCAUCGGCCAGUACUCCCUCAUCACACCCACUCGCGCCCCCGUCUACUACGUCAUCGGCCUUGCUGCUAGGAUCUGCCAGCAAGAGGGUCUCGUGGACGAGACGACCAUAACGGCGGGCUACAAUCUGGACCCGCUUACUCUGGAUCUGAGGCGUCGCGUCGUCUGGAACUUGGCGUCGCUCGAGUACGGUCUGUCGCACACCCUGGGCCGGCCUAACAUCUUUGCUACCAGCGACGAGAAGCUUGACGUCCGCUUCCUCUCCGCAAUGCCGGAUCAAUACAUCACAGAGAACGGCAUCAGGCCGGGGCCAGAGAGCGAGGAUAAGCUUGUGGCCAUCCACGCCUUCAAGUUGAGGAUUCACCAGGCCGAGAUACGACGCACCUUGUACGAGCGCAAGCGGCCAGAGCCGGAGAACGAUUCCAGUCCUUGGCACCAGGAGAUGGAGAGACAGCUAGAAGGCUGGCUGAACGAGGGCCCAUCGAGUCCUCUGUGGUGCAGAAUCUGGUUCGUGGGAUGCUACCACCAAAACCUCAUCUUCAUCUACCGACCGUCGCCGCAGAUCCCCAAGCCCUCAUCCAGGGCUGCCGAAAUCUGCUUCAACAGUGCAGCCAACAUCAUCAACCUGUCGUACAAGCAGACCGACGAGGUGUCAGUCAGCAUCACUUGGGUGUUCCUGCUAACCCUUAACAUGUCGCUCACCACACUCCUAUGGUCCAUGUCAUACCCUGAAGUGCGUAGCGUGCACUCGAGGGAGGAGGCAGAAGCUCUCGUCAAUAAGGCUCUCGAGAUCAUCGAGACGUGUGAGAAGCGCUGGCCUGGGUCCGGCAACUCGUCGGAGUUGUUUUCCAUCUUGUCCAAGGCCUGCAUACAGAGCUACGAAUCAGCUGGAUACCAGCCUAAUAUGGUGUUCAACACGUCAUCCAGCUCCGAGGGCGGAAGCUCGCCUGAUGCAUCGUCCCAAUCCCAAGCCGGCAGUAAUACCGGAAGCACAAGGCAAACCCCGCAACCCCCGCAACCCCCGCAACCCCCGCAGUACCUCAACCCUCCUCAGUUCGGCUCCGUCUUCGGCUCAUCACCCGAGUCCAUCAACAGCUACACCCUCGAACAAAGCUUCCCGCACCCGCAGCCGACCUUUCGCUCCAACUCCAUCUUCCAAAGCCCCUCGGCCACCGACACUCAUGGCCGCCGCUUCUCCUACUUCCCACCAGAAUUCAAUAUUGACGAGGUGCCGGACCCCGGAGACCCGGGUGCGCAACCGUCACCACCACCUGUUCCCAACCAGCAGCAGAGUUUCGUGAACUCUCGAAACCAAGCGCCGCCGAAUCAGAUGCCCGGACCUCUUGACCCCAUGGACGUAUCGAGCUCCCCAUCGAACAUGACAUCACCUCCACAUGUCCCACAUCAGCAACAGCCGAUGCCGUCUUCUGGUCCUCCUCCGCCGCCGCAGGAUACGAUGGGAGGAAGCAUGCCGCCUCACCCGAAAAUAAACCACGUCGCGCCGCAAGCUGCACAGCGUGUCCCCCCCUACACCAUGCCUCCGCAGCUCAGGCAACAGCCACAACAGCAGCAACAGCAACAUCAUCCCUCCCCACAGCAAUCCCCCUCCGUCACCAUCCCACAGACAGACUGGUUCUCCAACUCAGCUGCUUUCGUGAUGCCCUAUCCCGGUCCCAUGGGCAACUCGAACGGCUUCUACGAUGAGAUGAUGCCUGAAGGUGGCAGUGGCAUCGGCAGCGGUAUGGUGGGCGGCUCGUUUGGUGACUUUCCCAUGACCCAGGGCUUCGGGCUCGAGACUGUGGGUGCCAACGCCGCACUGGGUAGCCAGCAGUUUGGGAGGGCCAUGAUGCCGGGGAGGCAGGAUAGUCUUACGCAGUCGCAGCAGCUUGAGCUGAUGAACUCUCUUGAGACGGAGAGCUUUGGCGACUUCGACGCGUACCUCAAGCCUGAAGACAAUAGUACGGGUUUGAAUACCGGCUGGUACUAA